AUGUGGUGCGGCAGUCAUGUAGUAGUUGGGGGGGGCGGAGGGGCGGGUGGGGGGGGGGGGGGGGGGGGGGGGGGGGGAGGGGGGGGGGGGGGGGGGGGGGGUGGGGUGUGGGUGGGGGUGGGGGGGGGGGUGGGGGGGGGGGGGGUGGGGGUAUUGAGGGGGGGGGUGGGGGAGGAGGGGUGGUGGGGGGGGGGGGGAGGGGGGUGGUGA